AUGGCUAUUGAAAGUACAUUUGACAAAAGAUGCCUAUCCAUUGCAGCACCAACUGAAUUAUCGUUUAUGACAGCCACAAUAUCUAUCGUGUUUAUCCUGACCAAUAUUCCUGGAAACAUCCUCGUCAUCUUGGCUGUUUUUUUCGAUCCAAAUAAAAACUUACGAACUCCAUUCAACUGGUUGGUGGUAAAUUUAGCUGCUGCUGAUUUAAUUAUUGGCUUUAUCACUGAGCCUUUCUCUGUUUAUUAUCAUAUCAAAGAAGGCCUGAAAAAGAGCAGCGUUGCUGAGGAGUUAAUAACCAUCCAUAUGGUUUACUUUAUCUCAUGUACUGCCUCGGUUCUCAGUCUUACAAGUUUGGCAGUUGAAAGAUAUCUUGCUGUGCGAAAACCGAACACUUAUCGUACUAAAGUGACUAAUAAGCGAAUUGUGUUAACAAUAGUUAUGAUUUGGUUGAUCUCGUUGAGUUUACCUAACAUUUAUCUCGAUGUUGGUUUUACUACUUACGGCUUCAUAUUUGCAAAUACCUCUAUUGCAAUUACUGUUUUAAUCACCACCAUAACGUACACCUUAAUGAGGCAAAAGAUCAAUAAAGGAAUUACCAAAAAUGCAAGAAAAAAGACUGCAGCAUCAACAUCAACAGAUUUUGUCAUUACAAAAACAGAUUCCCCAAAUGUUAUCAUCCACAGCAGAGAAUUGUUGGAAACUAACCAAACUCCUCCAUCAAUUUCCACCGAAGCAAACAACUCACCAUCGCAAGAGCGAAAUCAGCUUCCAACGGUCGAUAUAAACCUAAGUACCUCGAAUGCUAUCACUAAUAGCCGACAACUGCUGGAAGAGAAGAUUACUAAAAUGUUCCUAAUCGUUCUCAUAGCUCUGUUGUGUUGCUAUGGACCAUCAACUAUAAUGAUGUACUUGGUAAACUUCUGCGAAGAUUGCAGUUGUAUCACCCUUCAGUGGUGUCGUGACGUCCAUAUAAUGUUCGCUCUUAUGAACUCCAGCACUAAUUUUUUCUGCUAUGCUUUAAGAUGCAAUAGAUUUCGAAGCGCGUUUUUCAAAUUGUUAAAAAUUAACCGUUGA